AUGCGGCCAGUCGUUUUUCUCCCUUUUGCCUUUUGCGCGUUGAUCCAGGCGCCAGUUGUCUUGUCAUCCCGUGAAGUGAGUGAUUCCGGCAAGGGGAAAGUCAUGUGGGCCUGCCCUGCAAGCAAAUCAACGAAAGCUGCAGUGGAGGAUUCGAAGCAGAUGAUGACCGCCCAGGCGCCAGGCAAUGCUGCGUCCGACGUAAAAGCUAUCGUCUCGAACGGCGCAACUCCUGUUCAUCUCCCGAGAAAAACAGCUGCACUUUUUACAAGGAUUGCCUCGAGAAAGUGGUACAAUGCGGCCUCAGCGGCUACCCUCUCGCCUAUGGCCAACAUUACUGCCAAAAGUUUGCCGAAGUCCGUGGCAAGUUCACCCGCUUGGGCAAGGAGUGGAGUGUGCGAGCUUCCACCGCCAGAUUGGAUCAUCAUUGUUAGCACCGUGGGUUUAAAGGAGCUGUUUGGUAGCAAGGAAGCGUUGAUUGCGGUGCUCGAGACUGCAGAUGGCUGUAUGGACUUUUAUCUCUGGCUGAUCAAGCACAAGCAAUUGGAAUAA